CCCGCCAAGUUGUAACCCGAGUCGCACAUGCGCCCAAGGUGAUCCAAGAUGGCGUCCAGUGCUGAGAGUCAGAUGAACCUCGCCGCGCUCCAACAGCGCGAUCCUUACAUCACAAACAUCAUAGAUACCGCCAGUCAGGUCGCCCUGUACACCUUUAGCGCCAAGAAAAACGAGUGGGAAAAAACGGACAUAGAAGGGGCCCUGUUCGUCUAUACCAGAUCAGCGGCCCCCCACAAUGGCUUCACCAUCGUGAACAGACUGAGUAUGAACAACCUGACGGAGCCGAUCACCAAAGACCUGGAGUUCCAGCUACAGGACCCCUUCCUGCUCUACAGAAAUGCACAACACCAAAUCUAUGGCAUCUGGUUCUACGACAAGGAUGAAUGUGCCAGAGUGGGCCAACACAUGAACAGUCUGACCCAGUGGGCUGCGAGCAGUGCGAUGAGCGAACACUCGCCGCGCCGGCAGCGGAGAGCGUCCCUAGACGGGGCGACUCCGAUAGAAGGGUCGGUGACAGUCACCGCGGGCAAGAGGGAAGUAGACAUAAUACAGAUGCUGUCUAAGGCACAGGAUGAAUAUGAUAAGCAGCCAGACAGUGAUACCGGUACUACAGAAAAAAGAGUGGACAUCUUGCAGCUUCUGUCCAAAGCACAAGGUGAUUACCAUAAGUCCAAGCAGACGAGCGGAGCGGAGCCGAAACCUAUGAUUGACAACUUGACGUCGAGAGCAGAGGGAGGAACAGGCGGUCUGGUCAGACCUGUAGCACUCAAACCAGAGCCUGCAGCCAGUCAAGCACAGGUGCCAGCCCCUCAACCCAGACCAGUCAACCUGGCCACCCUGUUCAACCAGCCUGUGGACCAGCGCCCGGUGCAGGUGUCAGAGCACCACCCUGCAGCUGCGCCAGGUCAGCAGCAUGCCACAGCCGCAAACAACAACAACAAGAUGCCGGUCCUGUUACAGAGACUCAUGUCCAACCCGGGGAUCGGGGAGCGCGUCACCACACUGGAGAGUCUGGAAGCGGAUCAGCUGGGUCCCCGGGGUGGGGAGGCAGGGGCAGCGGGGGGAGGGGAGCCGCAGUUCCAGCCAGAUCAGCUAGUGGAGCAGCUGAACAUGCUGAAGAUGAAACAGCAGGAACCGGUGUGUGAGGAAGCAGGUGACGUCCCCACGUCCCCAGGGACUAACCUGUUGAAGAUGCUACAGGCCAGUCCAGCCAGCUUCACUGGGACAGCUACUAGUACAACAGUCGACAGUGGCAACUUGUUACUCAAGAACUUACAGGCCAUGUCCCCCCAGCCCAGCAGUUUACUCACUCCACAGGCUUUUGAAGCUGCAGCAGCUGCUAGUGCACAGCUACCUCAGUCUGGCCCUCGGCGAACACGAAUGUCCUCCACAUCCUCUACUACUUCCCUCGACACGGCCGCCUCACAGUUCAAAAUCCACCCAUUGUCCAAGGAACAGCUGAAACAAGGACUACUCUACCUGAUAGAGAACGAUGACGACUUUGUCAACAAGAUUCACGAUGGUUACCUACAGAGUUUAAAGGCACGCAGAGACAGUAACCUGUGAUGGUUUAGCUGCACUAGUAAUUACUAAAGACUGCAUUGUAUGUUGUAGAUGUAGGCAGUAUUGUCCAUGUAUAUCAGAAAGAAAAACAAGCAUACAAAAUUAGGGGUGGGUCCUGAUACAGAAAAUUUAGGUCUAGGUACAGCCCAGAAGACCAGGUCCAGACCUCAACUUGAUUGUAGUAGAACAAUAGCACUGAAUCAUAUUUUGGAAAGCAAGACAUUACCACAGCUUUCUGUAGGACAAGUUUGCGUUAAAAAUUAAAAUCAUAUAUUUAAUUUUGAAUGUUAUUUUCGGUUCACGUUAUAGAGCAACUGCAAAAUGAACCAGUUUGUGCCAAAAAGACAGAAUUGCGCUUUAUUCUAACCAAUCACAUCACGGUAACUUAAUUUAUUACAGGUCAUUCU